AUGGCAGAAACUUUGAAAACACCUUCGACAUCUGCAGUAAAUUCUACAAGGGUGGGAAAGUUUACGCGCCUUAGUGCCAGGAAUAGAAAUCUUAAGUCUGAUCGAACUCCUUGGCUUUCAAGAAGACAUACACCCUACGUGAAAACGCCAAAAACAGGGCGUACUACCCGAAGCCACACAAACGGUGACUGCGGAUCGAGAGAAAACCUUCGAUCGAAAAUUACAUCGGCCGAAAUCGAAAGAAAAACAUCAAAUUCAAAGGAUUACAAGAGAUCAACUAAUGAACUUACAAAGAAUACAAGAAAUAUUGAACAGAUACAAGAUCCAGUUCGAGAUAUCGUGGGUAAAACACUGCGGGUGUAUCAGGCUUCACCUCUUCACAACUUUGAUCGGAAGAUCAGAAGAUCUUUGGAGACCUAUGGGAACCAACUGUCAGCUUUUCUACAGCUAGAAACGGAAAAACAGCUCCUAUUUGACGAAAAUGGAAAUAUAAGAGAUAGGAAAUUCAAAGUGCAAUUCUCUGUUCAUAACGAUAUUUCAGCUGAAGGCUCAAAAUUUUCAGCUGUGCAUGUGAAAAUAUUGGUCUGCAGUACCGUCAGUCCAUCGUCAAAGCCUCUGGAGGAAAUGGAACCGUUUAUUCCGAUUUUGUCAACUAUGUUUUGCUCUGUGGGAAGCGAGGAAGAGGAGGACGCCAGACUUCAAGAACACUUUACCUGUCUACCUAUCUGCCUAAUCAACGGGCCUGUUAAUUUCUCUAAACUGUUGAUCAGCUGGUUUCAAAGCCAGUUAGAUUGUAGAAUUACCCCAAUGACUUUCUCAUCUGUGGAACUUGGUUGGUAUUUCUCGCUAUGGGCUGGCAUGUGUUCGCCUGAGAAAUCUUCGACAAUCGAACUUUGCUAUGAUGCAUCAUCGGUGGGAGGUCUCACCAGAAUCUUUUACAGCAUCGAGGGCAGGGAUGCUAAACAACUUUGGGAUAUUGUCCAUGUGAGCAAUUCGUGUAUUUUUACGGAAGAAGAAUCCGUGACAUUUCUCGGGGCAUUGAAGAAACAUUUCUAUUACCAUUUCAAUAUCAAUUUGGAAGGACUACCUUUAACAAGAGUGCGUACUGCUGUGGCGUUCGUGGCAUGCGAGGGAAAGCUUAAAAUUGUGCAUCCUCGCUUUACUGAUCAUAUUUUAGAGCAGCUGACAAGAGCAGCGUUAACUAAGGAAUUUUACGGAAGAUUGUGAAAAUGAUUUUUAAAGCGAAGCUCGGAUUCUAGUCUAAAUUCGGCAACCAAGAUUUUCGGAGAUUGACCUGAUUGUCACGCAAUCAUGUUAUGGCAGAAAGCUUGUGUGACAAGGCCUCCAAAUGUAGCUCCUUCAAAAAAGGAAGUACCAGCAUCUUUUUAUCAUUUUAGAAUACAACAAGAAAUCCAAUUCCUUCAUAAUUAUGUAGCUAUCAGGAUACCAGAAAGCAAAUGCAAGUUAUAACAAAUACUGAGAGUGAAAUAAUUUUAAGGUUUCGCUUUUCAUUUUAUCACCUAAUCAAAUUUUACAAAGUUGUAAAUAAGUACCUUUUUUAUUUGCUUUCAUUCACAUUCAAAAGUUUUGUAAGCCAAAUGAUUUACUGAAACUAAAAUCAUAAUUACAUCAAGUAACUUCGCUUUUGAACCUCCAGUUGUAAACAUCUGGCUUUCUUGCUUAAAUUCCAAAUGACCAAAAAAACUAUUUGGAUGUAAAUAGAAUGCCAACUGUAUACUAUCACACAGACUUCUGCAAGUUUAUGGUUUGGCCACAUCACUGGCCAAUACAGCCUUGUAUGUUUUAAUAUAUUAUUAGAAUCAGACUUUGCAUUUUGGGGAAUUGCAACCAAUUGAUCAACUUUAAAUGAAACUGAUUACUAGAUUUCCUAUUGUUAAUAUUUUUCAGAUGUAUUUUGAACUAAAUGAAAAGAAUAAAG